GGAAAAUCGCUGAGUCUCAUCUGCGGGGCCCUCUCCUGGCUCCGAGACUUUGAGGAGAAAAAGCAGGAGGAGGAGGCGCGACUUCUGGCACUUGAGGACAGCGGGCAGGAGGGGACGAAGCGCCCGACUUCAGCUGAGCCAGGACGCCCAGACAGCAAAGACACCGCUGGGGAACCGGACUGGGUUACCGCAUUUGUGCAGAAGAAGGAAGAGUUUUUUGAGCGGGACGCAGUGGACAGGCUAAAGGAAGAGCAGGUCAGGAGGAAAAAACGAGAAGAACGUCUUGAGAAAAUUCGCCAUAAUGUGCAGUUAAAAUAUGCAGCAAAGAGAAAGAGAUCUGAGGAGGAUGAGACAAAGCGCCUUCUUCAGCUCAGCAAGGAGGUUCUUUCAGAGGGAGCUGGAGUGGAUGUUCUAGAGCAGCUGGAUCACGAUGAGGAGGAGCUGAUUCUUGCUGAAUAUGAGAGUGAUGAAGAAAAGAAAGUGGUAUCUGGGCUGGAAGAAGAUGACGAUGAUUUGGAAGAGGAGCAUGUGACUAAGAUUUACUACUGCAGCCGCACUCACUCCCAGCUGUCUCAGUUUGUGCGUGAGGUGCAAAAAAGUCCUUUCGGCAAAGACACACGUCUGGUCUCCCUGGGAUCCAGGCAGAACCUGUGUGUGAAUGAGGAGGUGCGACGCUUGGGGGCUCUCCAGCUCAUCAAUGACCGCUGCAUGGAGAUGCAAAAGAACAAACAUGAAAAGAAGAGUGAUGAAGAGAUGGAAGGGAAGAAGAGACGUGUGAGUCGCACUGUAUGCCCAUUUUAUUCCUAUGAGCAAAUGCAGUUUCUCCGUGAUGAAGUUCUAGUGGAAGUGAAAGAUAUUGAGCAGUUGGUGGCUUUGGGAAGGGAGACCAAAGCCUGCCCUUAUUAUGGGAGUCGAUACGCCCUUCCUGCUGCUCAGCUGGUGGUGCUGCCCUAUCAGAUGCUCUUGCAUGAGCCUACCAGGAGCGCUGCUGGGAUCAAGCUGAAGGACCAGAUCGUAAUCAUUGACGAGGCCCACAACCUCAUAGACACCAUCACCUGUAUCCAUAGUGCAGAGGUCAGCGGCUCUCAGCUGUGCUGUGCCCACUCCCAGCUGUUGCAGUACAUGGAGCGAUACGGGAAACGUCUGAAGGCAAAGAACUUGAUGUACAUUAAGCAGAUCCUGUAUUUGCUGGAGCGGUUUGUAGCCACGCUGGGAGGUAAUGUGAACCAAAAUCCUAGCUGUCAGGUAGUCUCCCAAACAGGGACAGUGCUAAAAUCCAUCAAUGACUUUCUAUUUCAGAGCCAGAUUGACAAUAUCAACCUCUUCAAGGUAAUGCAAAUGUUGUCGUUCAGCGUUACCAGCAGGAAGCUUUUUGGGUUUGUGGAGCGAUAUGGAGGCCCUGCCACAGCUGUGAAGACCAACAAGGAGAACAGGAAGUUGGCUGGUUUGCAGAACUUUCUUCUGACCCUCCAGCACGGAUCUGAUAAAGAGGGUACUCUCCAGAGCCCUCCCGUGGAGGCUGAGAACGACCAGUUCCGAACUGCCUCUCCACUGAUGCAGAUUGAAGGAUUUCUCUCAGCCCUCACAAAUGCAAACCAAGAUGGCCGAGUCAUUCUCAGCAGGCAAGGCACAGUUGGUCAGAGCAGCCUCAAAUUCCUCUUGCUGAAUCCAGCUGUCCACUUUGCCAAGGUGGUGGAAGAAUGCCGUGCUGUAAUCAUUGCUGGGGGCACCAUGCAGCCG